AUGCGGGCGCGGUGGCCGGGGGAAACUGUGGCGAGGGCAAUGACGUUUGAGGGCGGUGGCUGCGGUGGAGCGGGAGGGCGCGCGGGGCGGCGGUGGAGUAGCAGCAGCAUUGGCGGGCUCGUCGGCAGGUGCAGGCGAGGCGAGCGGCCGGCGGAGGCGGGCAACAGUAGCCGGCGGGAGGCAACGACGAUGCAGCGCGGGAGCGGUGCUAGCAGGGGCGGCCAUGGUUGCAGUCGGGUGGCCGGCACGCAGGCAGUUCCUGGGCAGCGCGCGAGGGCGAGUGACGUUGGUAGGCAAGAAGUAGAAUGCAGCAGCGGUAGCCGCCUCCGCACGAUGAUGCAGCGGCGCGACCAGGGCGACGGCGGCCGCGGCCGAGGCGGCCGGGGGGGUUGCUAG